CUGCUUAGCGGCCAGGACACACAUCUAGUCAGCGGAGUAAAUCAGCGCCAGCGUAAAACCAAAAUGAUACCACACAGCGAGAAUCCUUUUUCAAACGAGUAUACUUACGUUCAGGAGCCACAGUUCUCAGAACAUUGCGGCGACAGUCGUUGUGGACAGCCCCAAACUGCGUACGAGGUCUAUUACAGAAUCCUGCAACGAUUACAAGCCCAAGAGAAUAAAGACUCCACAGAAGCUAAUGAACAGGAGCUAAGGAAGCAGAUCUGGAUAGCCAGCUUCACUGGGAGGCCCUUGCAAUAUCAAUGUUAGUCGCUAAGCCUUUGUUAAAGAUAUUAAAUAAAACCCAAAGCCCAACCAGGAAAAAUAACCAAAGAUAAACACCACUUGGUUUAAGCCUUUAUUAAUUUAAUCGUACUUUAGACAUUAUUUCACUACAGUUACAGUUAAGCUACUUACCCAUCAGAUUAAAAACUAAAAGAGAAUACUUUGCUUAAAAAAACCUGAAAUGAUUUAGUUAUGCAAACUCUUUAUAUGUUUAUGCAAUGUUCUUUCUUGUUCAUUUAUAAAUUUCUAAUGGUUUAUUAACUUACUUUCAAACGCAUUUAAAUGUCUUAAUGUGAUUUUCACUUCGUUUCUUUUUAUUCAACAAUUUGAUAAGUUCGUAAUGUUUUAUUUUUUGUUUACCAAU